CGAGGAUAACCUGUAGGUUGAAGUGAUCGUUCCGAGGCCUGUUUGUGUCUCCCUGAUCCCUAACCGGUUCCAGGCUUAAUCAAGAGCUGUCUCGCCCUCAACGCAUCCUUCUUGAUCGAAUCCUCCAUUUUUAUCCCUCGUUUUGUGUUUUGCACUCUUCAAUUGCCACGACAUUCAGACCCGCCAUACACUGAUCGCCAAUCACCGCGUUACCACACCAAACGCUCAUCUAAGACGACUAUUAGACGUCAAGGUAAGCUUGGCACUGCCCCUCCAUCGCCGUUCCCCUUCUUCUGCUGCGUCAUGCAACCCGGCUCAGGAACCGGGGAUAUCUGGAACUUCGCGACCUUGCUAUCGCGGCUUGGGCUGCGGUUUGUAACGAUCAGAAUCUCUGGCCCGAUAAAAGCCGCGACGAGUGGGUGGACAUAGCCUGAGUGCCUUGCUGGGCUGCCAAUCGCUUAUCGUCGAUCUGGUGGUGGUCUUUGUUUUGUUAUCGGCUGGGGCCUGAAACGGUUGGGUCGAGACCACGUCAACCGCACACGAAGGGCCUUAUCUUGCUUGCAUCGUGGGCCCUUCGCGAUCUUGUUUUCUUCACCGACUUUAUUGCCGUGCAGCGUUAACCCGGAUGGAGAGAUCUAGACGUUCCGAGCCUAGCGUUCGCACAUAUCUGGAGCUCUUGCUGUCAACCAACCGCGAGAGAUAGCAAUUGCACAUGAGCCCUAAUUAUCUACUACUACUACUACCUUAUACCCUGGGUAACACAACGUUGGCCGACCUCUCGAUUCCUUUCCACCAUGUCCGCUGCAACAGCCAACACCCCACCCAUACCUCCGAGACCUUCGAGGAGCCCGGAGAAGGGGCCGACUCCAACGAUUCCCCCGCGGCCGGCAACCCGGCGCUUUCAGCGCUCUACCAGCCCUAAUCCCGACCGUUUCGCCCCGUCGCCCCUGAACGAGCCCUCUUUUCUUGCGUCCCCCAAGACGUCUCAGGUUGGAACCUACAAUGGCCAUGAAUCCGAUCCAGUCCACCAUCGGUCUACAUCGGUCGAGCUGCCCUCGCUCGGCGAGGAAGGCCAGGAAUAUGCCGCCCUGGCUGAGGAGAUAAACUCGUCCAAGGAGGGCAGCACUAGUCCCGAGCAUACCCGGACCGUGGCCGAGGAUCUCAAACUCCACGCCCCGAAGCCGUCUCUGCCCGCGUCUAGCGCGAAACAGCGCGUCAUGACCGUCACCCGGACCGACAGCGAGCGCGCCGCCGCGUUCGGCAUCGGACGGGCGAGUAGCGCCGAGGACUCCAUCCCGGGCGUGCCGUCGAACCGUAGCCUCAAGAAGAAAGCUAGCACCGCCAGCCAGCUGUCCGGCACCGAUAGGGAAUUCGACGAGGAACAUGGUAUUCCCGCGAUUGGCCUGCAGGUGCCCAUGUACAAGAACGCCGGCGAUGUCCAGGCUCCGUCCCCCGCGCCCUCCGCCGAAGGCGCCAAGGGCGGGAAUCACACGCGCAGGACGUCCGCGCACGGAAACCUGCCCCCGGGCAGCUACGGGUUGCAUGGCCACGGCGUCGUUCCCCAGGAUAAACUGGAGAAGGCGUACUACGAGAAGCACCCAGAUCUGCUCAAGAAGGAGCAUCUGCCGCAUCACUACGAUCGCCCCAAUGACUUUUCGAUGAGUCGAGAGGACCUCAACAAGAUCGUCAGAGAGACCGCCAGCCGCGGUUCAGGUCUCGGCGUCAAGGACUAUGCCGGUACCCCCAGCGACCAGGUCGGUUGGCAGGCUCUCGAGGAGUCGGCGUCGAGGAUCGCAUCUCCCGAGCCCAAGCGAGCGUCUAUCCACGUCGACGAGCCCAACUGUCGGCGCUCCGUCAUGUUCAGCGACACCGAGUCGAACGUUGACGAGGUGGAGCGUCCAUACGCUACUCCGAUUCUGGCCGACGACGAGGUCGCCAAGGACCCGUCAUCACUUUCCCAGCAGCCUGCGGUCGAGCCUCACACUUCGGAAUCCGAAGGGCCUUCGAGCCGCCCGACGAGCCGGCCCGCCAGCCUGCAUAAGGAGACCUCGUACGAGUUGCGCUCUACGCCCCUAGAAGACGUGGAGGAAUACGAGCCGCUCUUCAAGGAUGACGAGAAGGAGGAGGCGGAGAAGCCCGCCACGGAGGAACAGCCCAAGAAUACUCACAACCACCCCCACCGCUUUCCCAGCGCCGACAUCUGGGAAGAUGCGCCGAGCAGCACGUUGUACACGGCGGAGGUUUCCACUCCUGAGCUUUUCGAUGAGCAAGAAGAGCCCUCGCGGGCAGCCGUCCCGCCCCCUAGAGAGGGCGAAACGCCGGUACAAGCCUUUGCCCGCUAUCAGGAAGAACUCGCCGAGAAGGAAGCUCAUGGAGAGCGUGCCGCGCACAAGCCCUCAUGGGUGGAGCACCAGAAGCAGCACCUCGUCGCCGAGACGUCGGCUGCCCGCCCGGCCAUGCAGCACCGGUUUCCAAGCCGUGAUGUCUGGGAGGACGUGCCCGAAAGCCUGCAGCUCGAGACCACGGUCUCUACGGCACAGCAGGACGAUGCCCCACCAUCGCCCUCCCCUGUCGAAGCCCCGAAGCCCGAGGUGCUCGAGCGGGCCCCGGCCAAGCCCAAGUCUCCGGAGGCGCCUUCGCCCGCCGAGAAGCCUCCCAUACCCAAUCGCCCCAAGCCGAGGCAGCCGUCAACUGAUGACAAGCCCGCCGUGCCGUCGCGGCCCAAGCCUCAGAUCCCCGCCCGGCCCGUCAAAGCCGGCCCCCCAUCGGGCGGUCUCGAACCGGCCGAGGCCGCCACCCCACCCCGCCAGAAACCUGCCGUGCCCGCCCGCCCGAUGGGCUCCAAGAUUGCUGCCCUGCAGGCCGGCUUCAUGAACGACCUCAACAGGCGUCUGCAGCUGGGUCCACAGGCGCCACCUUCCAAGAAGGAAGAACCUGCUGGCUCUGGGGCGGCCAAGGAGGACGGCCAGGCCGAGGCGAAGGAGAGGGCGCCGCUUAGCGAUGCGCGCAAGGGCCGGGCUAGGGGCCCUCAGAGGAGGGCUCCCGCUGCUGCUGCUGCUGCCAAGGCGGCGGCUACUGCUUCCCCCGAGGCGAAGCCGGCUGCAACGUUCACUUUCGUGUCGGCGACCACUUUCUUCGAAAUUGAUCCCGACGAGGGUGUGCUAAAUACUGGGGGGGCGGCCAAGGAAGAGGUGUCGGAGCCGGAGGCUAAGCCGACAGCGGAGACUGACGCUGGCAAAGUGAAGGCUGAGGAGCCGCGAGCUGAGCAGAAGCCCGGGGAGGUCGAGGCAGAGACUGCGUCCGGCACCUCCCCGCCCGCCGAGGAGGGAGAAGCCAAGGCACAAGAUAUUGUCGAGGCCGAGGUUGAACCCAGAAAGGCACCCGCUCCUCAGGAGGAGCGGGAACCCGAAGAGGCCAAGCCUGAGCCCGAACCCAAUACCAAGACCGAGACAGAGGCCCAGGAAACCAAGUCCCUUGCCAGCAACUUGGCCGGCGAAACGCUGAUCAAGGAAGAGGUCAAGAAGAACGAGGAACACGGGGAUGUGGAGGCAGCGAAGGCUGUUGAGAUCUAAGGACCGCUAAACUCCGAGUUGUCAUGCUUGGAUAGCAGGACAAGAGUGCUGAUGCGCUGAGCUUGGGGUUGUUCUUUGCCUCCCUCUUUUUGCUCGCUCUCCGUUAUUGAUGUUUUAUUUUUCUUGUUUCCCCUUCUUUCCGAAAGUAAACAUAAAAAAAAAAUAACCCUUGUUAAUGACGCUGUCGCUAUUGUUGUUAUCAACUUUUGAGAAUAGACAUGCCUAUAGUCUCGUGUUACUCUGCAAAGAGAGCAGAUUUGGGUUUGAAUUGCCCCUCUGAACU